CUCGGUGAAGAGAAAAUCAAAUUCCCACAAAGAUGUUUCUUCUGGUCGUACUCGCUUGCAUUGCAAUGGCACAUGCCAAACCUUCUGCACCUAUUCUCCAUCCUCAUAAUCCCCAACCUUAUAAUUUCGGAUAUUCCGUUAAGGAUCACUUUGGUGAACAGCACAGGCACGAAGCUGGCAAUGGUCACGGAGCUGUAGUGGGAAACUACGGUUUCACAGACGCAAGAGGAAUUGCCCGUCAAGUCAACUAUGUUGCUGACCACGCCGGGUUCAGAGCUCAGGUCAGGACCAACGAACCAGGUACUGCCAACCAAAAUCCUGCUGCUGUUCAAGUGAUUUCUCACCAGCCUGCUGUUGUUAAAGUAGUUGAACCUUUACCUGUUCAUCCUGUGGGAGUGGUUCCUGCCCCAGCUGUCCAUGGUUUCGAUACUGGAUUUGUUUUCUAAAAAUAUGAUGAUAUUGUUUUUAAAAAAACUGAGGAAACAAAAAAAGCAGAUUAAUCAAUAGAGAAUUUGAUCUUUUUUCUUUCAAGAAGUUUUUUUUUCACAAUUAAAUAAACUUAAUAAUUUAU